AUGGACGUUAGAUCUCCUCUUAAAUUCAUUUUGUCCGGUCAUGGACAGGAGCAGAGCAUUCGAGCACGGGAACUUGAAGCCUCCAGCAUCAGGUCCCACGCAAGUCGGAUCUCGCAUCGCCGGAUUAUCUUGAAACGCUCCCAUCACCCAACAACUCACGGCGAGCAUGGAUCAUAUCAGCUUUCGAAUGGUACUUUUUCUGGCCCAGGCAAUGUGGAUCUCCUGGAUGUGCCUGUACCCUCUCAGCUGGCGCAAGCGGUGGCCAUCAACAUACAUCCGGAUGCAGUUAGAACUCCUGCGGACGACAGCAGAGCCCCUAAUCCCGACUUCAACGGCAGUGCCGAGUUUUCGGAUCACUUUCGCGAGCCAGGAGCCUUCGACAGCCCCACCAGUGACAACAGCGUGGUCGAAGGGGCUGCCAAAAUAGACAAGGACAAGAAAGACACUGGACCGGAUAAGUUAGGCGCUGAGCAGCUCAUCAGAGAUAGCUGGAUGAACGCACCUAUAGAGCGCUGGGGUAAGGGUCAGAGGUUGGAUCCAUUCAACUGCAUCCCUGGAAGUGAGCAAGAGUUCGCGCGUAUCGGUCUCGAUUUUCUGACGGUAACGCAAUGGUGCUGGCCUGCAUAUGCCUCCAUAGGACGAGCGUUCGACAUGAAAGUUUCCUAUCACUGUGCCUGGCUGCUCGAACAGCUCUCGAAGUGCGAAAGCUUGUUCAAUAUCAUCGUAGCUCAUAUGAAGGCAUUGCACGACAGUGUGACGAGACCUGAGGAUGAGCCGCGGAGGGAAGUCGAUAUGCACAAAAGCCGGGCGAUUGCAUUGCUGCGUCGAAGGAUGAUGCAGCCACGCGCAGAGGAGGACGAUGGGGUGUUGUUGACAAUCAUUUAUUUGUCGCACCAUGAGGCAGCCAUGGGCGACCUGGCAGCUUCAGCGGUACACAGACAAACCUUGCUGCAGCUGCUUGGCCAGAGGGGAGGAAUGAAGUCUUGGAAAAGUGAUUCAGGUACCAGAGCGGUGGUAGGCAUUUUCCGAGACCUGUCCACGACAUUCAUUGACGGUCCGAAUGAGUCCUCGGGUCAUUACCCGCAAUUGCCGAUGUCGAUCGAUCAGCUUUCAUCGUUUUAUCGAUUACCUGGCGGGUUUCAGGAGCUUGCGUUGCUGGGAAUGCUCACAAUGGAGACAAUCGACAUCAUACUUCAGAUUCAGAAGAUGCGGAAAGGACGAACCUACCAGAUGGGCCACCCUCACCGCUCCUUCUCUGAGGGACCAACAAAAGACCACAAAUACGACAACCUCUCAGAGGCGUGCCCAGGAUUGAACAUACCAGAUGGUCCAGAAGGUCCUGCGCUAGAGAGACUUCUCUGUACAUUGCUCAUGAAGCUGUGUAUCGACAAGACGCAUCGAUAUGGCUAUCCAGGAUCCAUGUAUCAAGGAGUCGUCAUCAAAUUGCACAAGCUACUGCCACUAGCAACACCGCCAUCGGAAGGCCCAGGCAGAUCGUGUCUGCUCUGGAUAUCCCUGAUGAUGACAGACUCAUGGCCAAAACAAUCUGAGCAGACUGCCAUGUGGCUGCAGCAGGUUCGUUGCUGGUUCCCAGAGAUCGGCAGCUGGGAGGUUGCCGACUUUGAGCAAUUUGGUAAGAAGUACAUCUGGACCGCUGAAAUAGCUAAGCUGGUUGCGAAGCACUGGCCAAUUGUGCAGGAGGAUGGCGACGAAUCUCCCUAA